AUGGGAUCUAAAAAAGACGAGAAUAUUGAUGAUGGAAUAGAAUUAAAAAAUAAAUGCAACUUAGAAAAUGGAGAUAUAAAUAUAGAGAAUGAAAAUUAUAAUUAUUUUGACAUAAACCAAAGAGAAGACAAUGAAAAAUUAAAUAUGGGGAGUAUAGGAAGUUCAGAAAAUUUAUUUAAUAAAAAUGAAGAAAUGGGAAAAAUGGAAAAAAUGGAAAAAAUGGAAAAAAUUAUGAACGAAAUAAAUGAAUCUGAGAAAGAAUAUGAAUAUUUGGAAAAUAUAGAUAAACAAAAUUUUACCCAAUUUAAUAACAAUGAAAAUAAUUCUGAAUCUAUUCAAUCAUCUAAUUCGAAUAAAUCGAACCAAAGCGAUAGUAUAAAUGAUCAGGACAUUUCUGAAGAUUGUUCAGAAAGCGAAGAAGCAAGCCAAGUUGGCGUAGAUGCAAAUGAAGUUGAUGUAGAUGCAAACGAAGUUGAUGUAGAUGCAAACGAAGUUGAUGUAGAUGCAAACGAAGUUGAUGUAGAUGCAAACGAAGUUGAUGUAGAUGCAAGCGAGGCUGAUGUAGAUGCAAGCGAAGAAGCAAGCGAGGUUGGCGUAGAUGCAAACGAGGCUGGUGCAACGGUAGAAAGCAUAUUUGAAAAUGAUAUAAAUAACAAUUAUGCAUUAACAAAAGAAAAUGUAUAUAAUAAUAGUACAGAGUUAGGAAAUUGUGAAAAAAUAAAUAUUUUGAGUAAUAAAAAUGAAUUAGAACAGAAUGUAUUUACUAAUAGUUUAAAAAAAAAUGAAGAUAAUAUCAUUAGUGUAAUAAAUAAAAAAAUAUCAAAGCGUAAAAAUAACUUUUUUAAUUUAUUUAAAAAAAAAAAUGCUUUAAAUAUACGAGGAAAUAAUGAAGAAGAUAAAAAUUGUAAUCAAAAAAUGGAUGAUUAUAAAACAGAUAAUUCGUAUAUUAACGAAAAGGUAGACAUGGGGAAAGUAAAAAAUAACGACACAAUGAAUGGCGACACAAUGAAUGGCGACACAAUGAAUGGCGACACAAUGAAUGGCGACACAAUGAAUGGCGACACAAUGAAUGGCGACACAAUGAAUGGCGACACAAUGAAUGGCGACACAAUGAAUGACGACACAAUGAAUGGUGAAGAUGGGAAAAGGUAUGACAGUAGCAUAUCAGAAGAAAAAGAAUUAACAACAAAAGAUAAUAGUGAAUAUAAAAAGGUAUCAAUAGAUAAUAGUGAAUAUAAAAAGGUAUCAAUGGAUAAUAGUGAAUAUAAAAAGGUAUCAAUGGAUAAUAGUGAAUAUAAAAAGGUAUCAAUAGAUAAUAGUGUUGAUUUAAAAAAUAUAGAUUCUAAAUCCAAUUUUACAGAAUUACAAAAUAAAAUAAAUAGCGAAAAGGAUGAACAUGGAAAUAGUAUUAGAUACUGCAUUCAAACAAGUGAUAAUCUUAUAUUAGAUGUAAAAGAUGAGAGAAUUGGAAUCAUAAAUUUGAACAAUGGACAAGAAAAUUUUAUAAAAAAUAAUAAAAAAAAUGGCGAAGCAUAUAACAACAUUAACAAUAUCAACAAUAGUAUGGGAGAUGAUUUUAUUAAUGAAAGAGAAUUUAGUAGAUUUCAGAUUCUAACAACGAUACCAAGUGGUUCUACAUCUAUAAAAAAAAUAUACAGUUUUGAUAAAAUAAAAUCAUUUGUUUCUAAUAACACUUUUUUAAGAAAAAAAACAAGUACACUCUUAAAAAGAAAAUCCCAAAUAUCAAAAGAACUUCAUUUUUUUUGUUAUAAUUAUAAUAAUUUAUUAUGUUUCAUAUUUUAUAUUUUAUGUUUUGGUUUUAUAAUAUCUUCUUUAUAUUAUGAUUCUUGGAAAAGACAUGAAAUUAAGUUAAAAUCAGAUAAUAUGAAAAAAAUUGUACAGGUAAAUAUUGGAAGUACUACAAUUAAAAGAAUACAAAAAAUUAUUAACAGUAAUGGAGAUGUAAUAUAUUCAAUUGAUAAAGAUCAGAAAAUGGAUUCUUUAUUAGAACAUAGAUAUUGUAAAAAUGUAAAAAAAGAGGAUCUAGAAAAUUUUUUAAUUGAUUUAGCAUCUAAAAACAAAUUAAAAAAUAAUGAAGAAGAAAUAUUCAAUUCUAAAAAAAACUUAAAUGAUUCUUUUUUGUUACAAGCUUUAUUAGAUAUUGGAGAUGUUGGAUUAUUAAAAGAUGAGAAAAUUAUAUUAUCACGUAAAUAUAUUUUUGGAUCAACUAUAUAUAAUUUAGAAUGUAAAUUUUUAGGAAGAUUAAAAAAAGCGGGAAUAUUUCACAAAAUAUUAUUAUAUGUUAUAUUAGUAUUUUUAUUUAUAUCUAUAUCAUUAUUAUUAUUUAUUAUUAUAAAAUAUAAAUCUAUUCAAAAUAUACAAAUAAUUAAAUAUAUUUCGUUUGUUUUAGUUAAUUUUGCUCUUAUAACAUUAAUAUCAACAAUGUUUUCUAUAACCAGAGAAUAUAAUAUACCUCUAUGUGUUCAAACUGAUGGUAGUUCAGAUAUUUGUGUUGAUGGUAGAUCUAUUCAUUUGAUUCGUGCUUCGAUUAUUUUAAUAAUUUUCUCAAAUUUAUUUUUUUGUAAAUUUAUAAAUAUUAUAAAUAACAAUAUAAUGGAUGAUGUAGUAGUCUAA